AUUUGUAUUUAUUAAUUUAAAAUCUUCUUUAUAACCUAAAAUAUUUAUUUAAAUCCUUUCAAAUGAAUAAAAGUUCCCUUAAAAUAUAAAUAAUAUUCCACUAACAAUGGAUUCAACAAAUAUAAACAUCAAAAACCUAACAAAAAUCCCCGACAAUGAAUUCAAACAACACUUUCGUGAUUGGAUGGAACAAGAUGAUGUUGCACGUUCAUUGCAAGCAAAAUUACGAAAAGAUUUAAUUGCAAAUUUUAAUAAAACAUCUUUAGGCAAAAAAAUCAUCGCUCAAACAGGUGUUUCCCAUCGAUUAAACCUCUCUCCCUUACUCUUGGCAUUAAAUACACUCGCAGCUGAAUUCCUUUAUGCUCUCAACUGUCAUUUUACGUUAUCUGUAUUUUGUACAGAAGUACCAUACCGUAACACACUGCCUGACUUUGAGAGUGCACAUCAUUUCCGGUUCAGUGAACGUGAAAUAUUUGAAAUACUUGAUGCACUUGCAAGUAACUUUGACAUGGACACAAAGCAAUCGAUUUCUAAAGAAUAUUCCUCCAAAAGGAACAAUCCUUCUCUAUUGUUUGUUAUAAUAAAAAAUCUUUUAAGCAAACCAAAAGAGGAGAAUAAAGAAAGACAAGAGUUGUUGCAUCCAACAACAACAACGAUCCCUCAAAAGUCAAAUCAAAUGCCAGCAGCGCCACCUACCUCAACUCCAACACAAACUGAUAAACUAGAUUCAACGAAAGUUCAAUAUCAAAGCAAAAAUUUUCGUUAUUUAAACAAAUAUUUGAUGAUACUAUCGAAAAAGAUGAAAGAAAUGUCUGUGAAUUUGGAUGUUUUACAAAAACGAAAUCUCGAUGCUCCUCCCCAACAAACUGUAAAGAAAUCACUUCAAGCGAGAAAAUUUGAAAAUUUAAAUCGAAAUUUAGAGAAAAUAUCAGAGAAUUUGAGGCACUUGUCGGUGUCGAAGAGAAAGAACAAAAGAUUGUCGGCUGUGGUAACAGCUGUCAAUACAAUGGCACAGCAAUUUGAAAAGUGUUUAUUGAAUUUUGAUCAAUUAAAUAAGGGAAUGGCAAAAGGUGGCGCUGCUGUUGUGAGUGGGGGUCAGAAGUCGUAUAGUGAUUGGAUUCAUGAGAUGAGGACGACAGAUAAUGGGAAAUUAUUUUUAGAUAAGAUUGAAUCAUCUUUAAGUAAAACUUUACAACGAGAGAGAAAGAAAAUGGAGACUGAACUUGCACAGCGAAUUCAAAUUCAAAAAGACAUGCUUAAGUCUAAGUACAAACAUAAACUUACAGAGGAACUUUCUGUGAUAAGUACAUCUAGAGGCAAAACAGAUAACUGCCAGCAGGCAAAUGAUGUUUUCGAAAAGAAAUUGAAUGAAUUUGAAGUCAAACAUAAAGAAUUGCAUUUGAAAAUUCAGGAAGCAGAAAAAAGACUUACAGAGUCUUCAACACAAAAUGCACAACCGGAAAUGUUAAAAAAUAAAAUUACACAAACAACAACUAAGGAUAUUGAUAUACCAACGAAAUCAAUUCAAAUUCUAGCGAAUGAGCAAAAUCAGUUACAGGAAAUGGUUAAAAAUAUAUCGGAACAGGAGCGGCAAGUUGAUCAUAUUGUUUUCGAUGCUAAACUACGAGUUCAAGAAUUGGAACAUGAAAGCAAUCAACUAGAUCGAAGUUUCCGUGACUAUCUCGAGAGACAACGUUCAGAAAAGCAAAAAAUGCGUGAAAAUGCCACAUCCAUUUGGCAAAGCUAUGCCCUUGGCAAAUCUAUUUUAAAAGCCAAAAGUAUUCCAAGUCGUUUGAAUACAACCACCACGACCAAAGUAGAGAAAAAUCCUUCCAUGACUUUUGAAAGAAUAAGUGCAACAGCAGACUUAACUAUUCCCACAAUUUGCAUCGACGAUGUCAGUACAACAUCAAUAAGCCCUCCAGUAUUUGAGAAUCCCUUUCGCAUAGCAAAAAGUAAAGUCCUUUCAAGGACCAAGACGACGACAUUUCCAAAGCAACCAUCACCACCAGCAUCACCACUACCGGAACUUCCUCUUACAGACACCACCGCCACCGAUUCAAUUGCAGAGAAUUGCACUCGAGACCAACAACUACUAAAAAGCAAACAACAACGGCCUACAAUAUUACGAUUGAUCGAACACAAGGACGAAAAAGACAAGAUUCGCACAAAAAUGCCAAAUCAUCGAACUGAUGCCACUCACAGUCAAAGUAAAUUGAAUCAACCCACCCACCACGAACUGAUGCUAUCCCCCGAGUUCAACACAGAUGACAUCACUUUGGAUGGCAUCGAGCUAAGUCCAACUACAGCCAAAUCGUCCUCGAUUCGAAGUGGUGACUCGAGUUGUAGCAGUGCCAGAGGGGUUUUCAAGCUAAAACGACAACUUUUUGCUACAAAUAGUGGAAAAGGUUCACCAUCGUCGUCGACGACAAGUAAUGCCCAGCAAAUAAUAAAUGAUAAUGAUGACAACAAAGAACCAAAAGAGCCACUUGCACAGAUUAACAAGCAUCAAAUUGCUGCUGAUGUCGAUAGAAAAAAAGUCCACACUGAAGGACGACACAAUAAAGAUGCAGCGGUGAAUAAGGAAAUAAUGAAGAUGAAUUUAGAUGGGAGAGCAAGUGAAAAUAAAGAUGUCGAAGAAGAAUUGUUCUUGGGAACAUCAACAGGUGUCGAGUUGGUAGAUCCUUUGAAGAUGAUGGAAAAAGAAGAAGAAGAAGAUGCCACAUCACAGUAAAGUUUUCAUUUGAAUAUUCCCACUCAAUUGAUGGAGAAAAAGGAUACAACUUAAGAUAAAUCAAGUUAAUGUUAAAACAGGUCAUUGGGAGAAAAUAAUAUGAAAUGUUUUUCUUUUUUUUUUUUCAUUUUUAAAUUGAUUGUGUAAAUGGCU